AUGUCCGACGUCCCACCAACUGAGUCCAUUCCCAAACCAGAAGAACCUAAAGCACCAGCCCCUGCACCUCAGUUCCAGCAAUUCCAAUCUCAAUCCAAAUUACUACCAAUUCCAAUACAAAUCGAAGAGAGACCAAGAGUUCGAAGAAGGUCUGAACCGCUUACGCAAAGAGUAUGCUACAGCUCCAACCCUUGGUUGUUCCAGCAAUUCCAAUCUCAAUCCAAAUUACUACCAAUCUCAAUCCAAAUCGAAGAGAGACCAAGAGUUCGAAGAAGGUCUGAACCGCUUACGCAAAGAGUAUGCUACAGCUCCAAUUGA